AUCACAAUCCACAACGAAUCCAGUCUUGUGCGGGGCGCUGAAAGUGUUGGAUCGAAAGUUUGAUCAAGCGGAAUACGUGUGUUUUCUGUGUUUUUUUGUGUAUCCUAGGACGAUGGGGUGGAAAACCAUGCUCGUGCUAAUAUUUUCACUGUUGGUGAUCAAUGCGGGAAAAUGUGAUCUGAUGAAACGAUCGGAGUACAACAAAAUGCCAAAGAUGUUCGAGUUUGAAAACUACGAUGAUUGUUUGUACAGUGACCCGGAAGUGAAGGCUACGUAUUGUGUCGUGAAGGCUGUGAUAAAACCAAAUGCCAGUUCGGAGCUGUGGAAAACGAUAGAAAAUUUCUCUAGUAAUAAGAAGCUACACCUGAACCAUGCUGUCCUGGAUCGGGGGUUGUGUAUAUACAAUGUAGAGGAGGAGUUGGCGAAAUUCAAGGAUGUGAACACCAGCGGAUUGGUGGUCUCGAAAUUCGAUAUUGACUUUCCGUAUAAUAUGAGACACGACCCUUUUCGGAACAAAUUGGAGUAUGUGAAGAAUUAUUCCGAAAUUGUUAGUAUUAAAAUAAACAAAGAUUUGGAUGAAAAACAUGGCCUCAAAGCCUACACCGAAAUAGAGUACUGCGAUAGAGCAGAAAUGAAUGAGUAUCCGAUAGACUACCUGGAUGUGUUCUUCCUGAUAGUGGUGGCUACCCUAAUCACACUGACCGCUUCAUCAACCUGGUACGACUACAAAUGCAAGGUGGGAUUCGGUCUCGAUCACUACCGCGAGGAUAUGCCCAAUCGAAAAUCAAUGUACCUGGCAUCAUUCUCAGUCAUUCGAAACUGGUACAGGCUGACCGCUCACUCGAGGACCCCACUGAACCGCGACCUAAGGAUGAUACAGUCGGUUAGGUACCACACCUUCAUCAUAACGCUCAUUGGACACGCUUCCAUCUUGGUGCAGCCUCGAUCAGGUUGGAUUCUGGAACAGAAGUACCGCGAGCUAGCUACGAUGAUCAUUGUCAAUGGAUUCCAGAUUGUGACCACGUUUUUUGCGAUCAGUGCGCUAGUGUUCACGAUAUCCUUUGUGGAAAAGCUGCGAGAGAGUGGAAGAAAACCAUCGAUCAUGACAAUCGUUCUGGUCACUGUGAAUCGAUACAUACGAUUAACCCCGGUUUACGCAGUCGUUCUCUUGUUUGAAGCAACAUGGUUCAUACGUCUACUGGACGGUCCUAUGUGGCGGACUGGUGUCGAACCACACCUAACGUUCUGUCGGCGGAACUGGUGGAUCAAUCUGCUAUAUUUGAACAACUAUAUGAAGCUUGAAGAACCAUGUAUGCAACACUCGUGGUAUUUGGCCUGCGACUUCCAACUGUCAUUCAUCGGGCUCAUACUGGUUACGCUGAUUCUUAGAAUGCCCAGAAUAAAAAUUCCACUUCUGGCGACGAUGACAGCCGUGUCACUCAUCAUACCUGCGCUGGUUGUCUACCAGAAUGCUUUCGAGGGAGUACUUAUUUUUUCACCCGAAGCGAAACGUUUCGUAUUCCUGUACGAGAAGGCCUAUCAGCUAGCGUAUCUUCCAGCUCACAUGAAUUUCAACAUGUACAUUUGGGGAGUUAUGGUCGGUUUGCUUUAUUACAAGCUUAAAAGCCUGAGCUAUAAUUUGGGAUCCAAAAUGUUCUUCCGAGUAAUCUGGUACUUGUGUUUCAUAAUAUCACCGGCGAUGUUCCUGUUAGGAAAAUUGUUCUACGUCAACGAUUUUCCCACCCCUUCGAUCUGGAUGUCGAUAUACUUUGCUGCGACACGAGGCUGUUGGGCCCUCAUACUGUCGAUAGGUUUCAUUGGGUUCCUAUACCGAGUAAAUAAACCUGUGGCACGGUUUAUGAACAUCAGAAUCUUCGAAAUACUUGGUCGGUUGACAUACGGAGCCUACAUCGGGCACUUUGCCAUCAUGAAAAUGAUGUUCUACAGCGAGCGGGAACUGUCGAAUUUGGACACUUUUGCUAUUGCAGUCAAAAUUCACGCAACAGUACUGCUGUCAUACAUGCUAUCCGUGGUGUUAACAUUGGGUAUAGAGCUACCCACCUCAGCUAUUCAGAAACAACUCUUCAAACAAUAUCUAAAACGAAGCGCUGAGGAGGAAAACUUGGGAAGCCCAAAAGCUAAUGGUUUGAAAGGACAUACAAAUGUUUUUUUCAAAGACUCAUUCAACGGCAAAAUAGAUAUUAACCAGUAAUGAUUUUCUAAGCAAUUAAAAAAACAAGUCAUCUAUCGACGAUUUAUAUAUCUCACGUUUUAU